CCUCAGAAGAACGGCGACAAUCGGGUGUCCGAGUCCGCGUCCACCGCCGCAACCCCCAAGCCCGAGCCCGAGCCCGAGUCCGACAUGGCCAGCCAUCGACCGCCCGCUCUCCACGGCCUGCAUGCCGGCUAUGCCACCAGCUCCCCGUCGCCCAUCUACACUCCCCAAUCCAGCCUCCCGACCACUCAAUACGCCUCAUAUUCCACAGUCUCAGCUCAGCAGGGCGAUGCAUACCGCGUGAGCCCCGUGGGCACUCCGCAGAUGUCACUGCCCAGCAUGCGCACUAUCGACGCCAUGUCACAGCAGUCGGUCCCUCCCAUGCCUCACCAUUCCAUGUCCAUGAGCAUGAGCAUGCCCCUUACUUCCGUCUCGCCGACCCCUCCCUACUUUGCCAGCCAUUCGACGCCUCUCCCUUCCAACUACGGCUUCCCGCAAGAUGCCCUGGCGCGAUAUCCUCUCCCGCACGACCCUCGCUUAAUCAACCACCGGGGGCCCAAGAAGCGUCAGACUCGGCAGAACCUCACUCAACUCACUCUUCCCUGCUUGCACUGGCCAUCUGGUCACAGCUCUCGCAACGGCCGUCGACAGCCUCAGCUCUUCUUCCCCUCCGCUCUCCGCUCUUCGGCCUCACCGCCUGUCGCUCGCAUUCCAGCUCUGCUUCUUCCUCCCCUUUUCUGCAUUAUCGUCGCUUCGACUAGCCUCGUCGCCUUGAGCCGCUCCUCUGCUGCAUGCGCCCCACCUGCUACAGGCCUUUCCAUUGACCUCAAUCUGUCCUUGCAGUGCGACGAGACGCAUCCCACCUGCAACAACUGCAGGAAAUCGAAGCGCGAGUGCCUCGGCUACGACCCCAUCUUCCGACAGCAGGCCGGCACCCCGACCAGCGGCAGCGUGCAGCCCGCCUCCAGCAGCCUCUCGCCGGCUACCGAACCCUCCGGCCUGGCCUCGUCCACUGUUGGCCCGUCGACGCCGCGUCUGGUUAAUUCGUACGGCAGCCAAUCGCCGAUGCUGCCGAGCGUCUAUGCGACAGGCUCAGCCCCCAGCACGCCGUCGAUCCCUCCCAACAGCUACCCGCCUCUCUCCACCCCCGGCUCGUCCUCAGCGGUCUCUGUCAAGCAGGAGUACGGCUACGGCUACUCGUCCAACAUCGACCCUGCUGUGCGCAGCAUGUCUGGCACGACCAACCACCAGAUGUCGCUUUCGGGCUCCGAUAACGGCUAUCUACGAGCCAAGAAGAUGAGAAUCGACGAGAUCAUCGACCUGCUUGGCCCGCCUGCACCCGUUCAGCAGAUCAGUCAUACUGAAGAGACUUUCAAUGAGAUCACAAAGGUCUACCAUGAGAUGUACGCCGGCGGCCUCAGCGCUUUCUUCGAGACGAGCUGGUACUACUUCACCGAAACCGGCAAAAUGACCUUCCCCAAAGAUGCCAACCUGAUUGAGCACAUGGCAACGUUCCUCAAGAUCCUCGAGGGAGUCAAGGCCAAUGACCACACCCAGAUGGCCUAUUCGGGCGUUCUGGAAACCAGGAUUGUGUGGGAGCUGGCUUGUACGGCAUAUCAGAUUCCCGAGAGGGGAAACAACUCCAUGCGUCUGAACCUGCCGCCCGACAAUGACCCCAUCGAAGCCAGAAACCGCCUUCAUGUUGUUGAAGCCUUGCUCUGCGGUGACGAGCUGCUGAGCAACCCUCUUUCCCCCCCGGUGGCUGAUGGAGAUCACCACCGCAUGCGCCAGUUCGACUUCUGGUACAGUCUGGCCGAGUUUGUCCGUAGGAGGGACAACCCGAAUUCGCCCAGCAGUGUCAAGGCUAGGGAAGACGUUUUGGCACGGAUGCGCCAUCUUCUCGACGGCCGCGAGAACCGCGACGUUCUCUACUCGAUCGCCGUCGUCCGCGAGCUUGCGCCCAACUUUGAUGCCGGAUACGCAGCUACUAUCCCUCAGCAUCUGGAUGAGUCAGACCCAAAGAAUCGGCUGGCCGUCGCGUCCAAGUUCCUUCUUGACGAAUCCCAAGUCACCGGCGGAACGACCAACGUGGUGCGUCGAUUCAGCGACAUUGCCUCCCGUGCUUUUGUCAACCCGGGAGUGAACAUUGCACGAAGA